CGGGCGACAGCCUGCGGCGCGGCUCGGCGCGGCGCUGCGCUCCGGCCGGGCUGGCGCUGCAUUCUCCGAGUCUCCACCAGAGGCUGCGGGAGCUGGGAAGGGAUCCGUCCCUUGCACACUUCCCCCCCUAGUCAGACACGCACGCUCCCUCGCUCCCGCUCGCUCACUCCCUCGCUCUCCCUCGCUCCCUCGCUCACACACACGCGCGCACACGCCGCCGCGGCUCCCUCUCUCGCGCCCGCUCUCCCUCCGGCUCCUCCGGGCGGCCGCCGGGCUCCAGACUCGCCCGUCAGCGCCGGGGCUCCCGCCCCACGCAGCGUCCCGAGGCUGCAGGACUGGGAGAGCCCCGGGCCGCUCCCCGAGGCUCCUGGCCCGGACAGCCUCUCGUCCCCGAAGGACCCCUGUGCUCAGGGACCAUGGCGCACCCCAGACUCCGGAGCUGCCAAGGCGCUGCCUGGUGAUCCGGCCGCGGCGACGCCAAGGGGGCGCGGGCGGGGACCCCGGGGGGCCGUCCAUGCCCCGGGUGCGGCCGCGCCCCCUCCCCCUCCAGCCGGGCGCCUCCACGGCUGGGCGGCGUUCAGGGCCGCGGGCCUGUCCGGGUGCCCGUCGGGGGCGGCGCCCCGGCGGCCGCGCUAAGGCCACCAUGUGACGCGGCGCCGCUCCGUCCUGCCACCAAGCGGCGACGCCCUGGUACCUCCCGUCCAUGCUCCUGGGCCCGGGCCCCUCGCAGGCCAAGCAUGAGGCCGCGGCCCGACGGUCGGGGGCUCCGGGUAGGAGCGGCGCUGUCGCCCGCGAUGCUGCUGCUGCUGCUGCUGAUGCCGCCGCCGCCGCCGGGACCCCUGUGGGCAGCGGGCACGCCUGCGCCCUCGGCGUACGGGGCUGCGCAGAACGGCGCGCCGGGCGCGGGCCGCGUGAAGCGCGGCUGGGUGUGGAACCAGUUCUUCGUGGUGGAGGAGUACACGGGCACCGAGCCCCUGUACGUGGGCAAGAUCCACUCGGACUCAGACGAGGGUGACGGGGCCAUCAAGUACACCAUCUCAGGCGAGGGCGCUGGUACCAUCUUCCUGAUCGAUGAGCUGACGGGCGACAUCCACGCCAUGGAGCGCCUGGACCGGGAACAGAAAACCUUCUACACGCUGCGGGCUCAAGCUCGGGACCGCGCCACCAACCGCCUGCUGGAGCCUGAGUCGGAGUUCAUCAUCAAGGUGCAGGACAUCAACGACAGCGAGCCCCGCUUCCUGCACGGCCCCUACAUCGGCAGCGUGGCCGAGCUCUCACCCACAGGCACGUCGGUGAUGCAGGUGAUGGCCUCGGAUGCGGAUGACCCCACGUACGGCAGCAGCGCUCGACUGGUGUACAGCGUGCUGGAUGGCGAGCGCCACUUCACCGUGGACCCCAAGACCGGCGUGAUCCGGACGGCCGUGCCUGACCUUGACCGCGAGAGCCAGGAGCGCUACGAGGUGGUGAUCCAGGCCACAGACAUGGCGGGCCAGCUGGGCGGCCUCUCCGGCUCCACAACUGUCACCAUCGUGGUCACCGACGUCAACGACAACCCUCCCCGGUUCCCGCAGAAGAUGUACCAGUUCAGCAUUCAGGAGUCGGCCCCCAUCGGCACAGCUGUGGGACGCGUGAAGGCCGAGGACUCAGACGUGGGCGAAAACACAGACAUGACUUACCACCUCAGGGAGGAGAGCGGCAGCGGCGGCCAUGUGUUCAAGGUCACCACAGACAGCGACACUCAGGAGGCCAUCAUCGUAGUGCAGAAGCGCCUGGACUUCGAGUCCCAGCCCGUGCACACCGUGGUCCUGGAGGCGCUCAACAAGUUCGUGGAUCCCCGCUUCGCUGACCUGGGCACGUUCCGCGACCAGGCGAUCGUGCGUGUGGCCGUGACCGACGUGGACGAGCCCCCCGAGUUCCAGCAGCCCUCCGGCCUCCUGGAGGUACAGGAGGACGCGCAGGUGGGCUCCCUGGUCGUCGUGGUGACGGCGCGGGACCCCGACGCCGCCAACCGGCCCGUCCGGUACGCCAUUGACCGUGACUCAGAUUUGGACCAGAUUUUUGAUAUCGAUGCGGACACGGGCGCCAUCGUAACCGGCAAGGGGCUGGACCGAGAGACUGCCGGCUGGCACAACAUCACUGUGCUGGCCAUGGAGGCGGACAAUCAUGCCCAGCUAUCCCGGGCAUCCCUAAGGAUCCGAAUCCUGGAUGUGAACGACAAUCCCCCAGAGCUGGCCACACCCUACGAGGCAGACGUGUGUGAGGAUGCCGAGCCAGGCCAGCUCAUCCAGACCAUCAGUGUGGUAGACAGAGACGAGCCCCAGGGCGGGCACCGCUUCUACUUCCGCCUGGUGCCCGAAGCUCCCAGCAGCCCUCAUUUCUCUCUGCUCAACAUCCAAGCAGACAAUACAGCCGCGGUGCACACGCAGCACAUGGGCUUCAACCGGCAGGAGCAGGACGUGUUCUUCCUGCCCAUCCUGGUGGUGGACAGUGGGCCGCCCACGCUGAGCAGCACGGGGACGCUCACCAUCCGCAUCUGUGGCUGCGACAGCUCCGGCGCCAUCCAGUCCUGCAACACCACGGCCUUUGUCGUGGCCACCUCCCUCAGCCCUGGAGCCCUCAUCGCCCUCUUGGUCUGUGUCCUCAUCCUGGUCGUGCUGGUGCUGCUGAUACUCACCCUCAGGCGCCACCACAAGAGCCACCUGAGCUCGGACGAGGACGAGGACAUGCGGGACAACGUCAUCAAAUACAACGACGAGGGGGGCGGCGAGCAGGACACCGAAGCCUACGACAUGUCGGCACUGCGAAGCCUCUACGACUUCGGCGAGCUCAAGGGCGGCGGCGACGGCGGCGGCGGCGGCGGCGGCGGCGGCGGUGGCGGCGGCGUGGGCCCGGGCGGGGGCCCGGGGAGCCCCCCGCAGGCCCGUCUGCCUUCGGAGCACCACUCGCUGCCGCAGGGGCCGCCGAGCCCCGAGCCGGACUUCUCGGUGUUCAGGGACUUCAUCAGCCGCAAGGUGGCGCUGGCGGACGGGGACCUGUCGGUGCCGCCCUACGACGCCUUCCAGACCUACGCCUUCGAGGGCGCGGACUCGCCAGCCGCCUCGCUCAGCUCGCUGCACAGCGGCUCGUCGGGCUCCGAGCAGGACUUUGCCUAUCUCAGCAGCUGGGGUCCCCGCUUCCGGCCCCUGGCCGCCCUCUACGCCGGCCACCGCCCAGAAGGCGAGGCCCCGGCCUCCUAGCCCGCCCUCCCUGCAGCCCAGGACCCAACUGGACCCCAGGACAAAGCACGUCCCCUGCUCACCCCCUUCCCCCAACCCUCCCAGGGCGGCGGGACAGGAGGGGGACCUUGUUCGGGCAGCGGACUCCCCGACGGCAUCCCUCCCCUGGGGGGGCGGGGGGGCGGGGGGGGUUGGGCAGCUUUUGCCCAGAAGUGCGGGAAUUAUGACCAACAUCAUUAAAACUGCAGCGAGAACGGGCACUGCGUGGCUCUGGGGUUAGACAGGGAGAGAGGGUGGUGUGGAGCCCUCCUGGCUUAGGGGAGAAGCUGGGGGGAGGAUGCUGCAGAAGUGCCAGCCCAGGAAUGCCCCAUCAGAGUUAAGAGGAAAGAAGGGCUGUUCGUUUACUAAGCGCCUACUGUGUGCUGGGCCUGUACAAAGACCAUCUUAGUCAUCACACAAACCUUGAGGUGGGGCCCUGCAGGUAACAGUUGGAGAAAGCCACCCAGAGAAGUGGCUGGGACCUGUCCAAGGACACCUUGCCUGUGUACUGUGGAGCCACAGCACUUACCGGCUACCUGGCCUUGGGCAAGUUACCUCUCUUCUCUGGGCCUCAGUUUCCUCCUGUGUCAAACGAGGCAAAUAGCAGAACCUACCUCGAAGAGUCUUGAGGAUAAAAAGGCUUCGUAUGUGUCAAGUGGUUAGGACAGUGCCUGGCACAUAGUAGGUGCUCAAUAAAUGUUAGCCUUUGAUACUGUUAUUAUCUUUGUUGUUAUUAGAAGCCCAGCAUGUCUGCCUCCCGGAUCUGAGCUCUCUCCCCCUUUUCCCAACAUCUCCAAGGAUAUAGAAAACCUGACUAUUGGUGUUGCUUCUGCUCUGAGUCGGGGAUAGGGACGUUCCCAGAAAUUGGAGAGCCUUCCGGUGUCUCAGGCGACACUGGAAUAGGACACCUGGCAGGCGUGUGAUGACAGACCAAGAGAUGACAAGGUGAGCAGCUCCAGGACUUGGAUGAAGUGGGAGGGUUGAUGGGAGAUGGAAGGGUCAGAAGCCACUGAGUGUGAUGGGGACCUUAUCUGUUUGUUCUGGGAACCCAGCAGUUUCCCCAUCCAUGGACCCAAGUUAAGAACCCCAGGGCUAAGUCACCACUAAGAGCCUCCAGCUCUGAAACCAUUGGAUUAUAAGAUACAGGUUAUUUGUCCUCCUGCCCCACACCCAAGUGAUUAAUUCAUUCUACAUUGAUUGGCUGUGAAUUCCAGCUCCUGCUAGGUGAGCAUCCUUCAUCAAGGUUCUCAACUGCUGAAGCCUCAGUUUCCUCAUCUGUAAAAUGGGGCUAAUGAUAGCCCCUACCUUAAAGGAUGUUAAGAGGCUUAAAGGAGAUAAAGAAUGUUAAGCUCCGAUCCCAGUGCCUUCCUGCCACAUUGAAAGUGCUCAAUAAAUAAAUGCUCAUUUGCCUUAUUCUCUUACCCUCCCAGGGAGCAUUCAUUCAUUCCCUCCACAUUUGCCAAGGUCCAGUGUGACAGAUCCGGAGAUAGUCAUUAUGUCCUGAGUGCCUUGCCUGUAUUAUCUCACCUAAGAUACUGUCAGCCCCAGUUCACAGGUGAGGAAACUGAGGUUCAGAGAGUAGUAACCCGUGCAAGGUUACACAGAGCGUGAGUAGUUCCUGCCUUCCAGUAACUUCCAACCUGGGUUGGGGCAGGAGGCAGGGGGCCAGAAGCAGCCAAUAACAAUGCAUUGGGUAAGAGUUGUAGCAGAAUUAACAGAAAAAGAUCCUGGAAACACCGAAGAAAGAUUGAAUAAUUUCCAGAGGAGGUGACUCCAACUGCAUCUUGAAGAAUGAGUAUGAGAUGUACGAGAUGGCCAAGCAAGAAGACAUUCCAGGCAGAAAGUAGAGCAUCCUCAAAGGCUGGGGACAGGGGGGCAGCAGGAAGCAUGUGGCAGCUUCAGGAGUAGUGUGUGGUCCCCAGAGCUGGACCACUGGGAGGAGGAAUAGUGAGAUGUGAGCAGGGAAGGCUGCUUGGAGGUGGGUUGCGAAAAGACCUUUAAGGCCAGGCUAAGAAAGGAUGCUUUGUUCAACUUGACCAUGUCUCCUAAAGUCCCCUGAGGGAUAGGCAGUUAGUGUGGUUAGCCCAAGUGGGGACACAUCAGGACCCUCAUGCACAUAGGAGCCUUAACCCACGGUUCCUGUAGCUCAUGAUAUGAAUGGGUAUUGUAAUUCGGGGGCCACUGGGGUGAUGUGUGAUCCCCUCUCUCACCCAUGUGUGCCCAGCUCUCACGUACAGAAUCCCAACUAUUCUCAGGUUGGUUAUUGCCAUCUCCAUUGUAGACAGGGAAACUGAGACCCAGACCCAGAGGAGUAAAGUGACGGGCUCAAGGUCACCCAGCGGGUAGGGGACAGAGCUGGGAUAACACAGGACCUCUGAUUCCAAGUCUCUGUUCCUUCCACAUAUGCCCGUUGCCUUGACAGACUCUGACCCUGCCGAGAAGGCGAUUACAGGCAGGUUAUGUUUCCAGAGGGACGAACAAAUACAGAGUCACAAAAACCCCUGAACAUCUUGUCCAAACCCCAUACAUGGGGAAUGACUUUCUCAAGGUCACACAGGGUUAAAGAGCUUACAGAAAUAAAAAAACAUUAUUCAUCCAGAGUCACCUUCUGAGCCUCUGGCUCUUCCGUUUUCCAGCUGUGUGACUUCAGACAAGUGUUUUACCCUCUCUGUGCCUCUGUUUUCUUAUCCAAAAAGUGCACCCACUAGAACACCUACUCCACAGGGUUGCAGCGAGGAUAAAAUGCAGAAAUAACCACUGACACUUACUGAGCAUUUCCCACAUGCCAGGCACUGCUCUAAGCACUUCACGUGAAUUAACUCUUUUAAUCCCUCACCAGCCCAGUGAGGUAGCCCUCAUUUUAUAGGUCAGAAAGUGAGGCACAGAGAGGUUAAGUAACUUGCCAAGAUCAAACAGCUAAUAAGUGGAGAUGCCAAGAUUUAAUGGGAACGCUCUGGCCCCCAGAACCUACACCGUCUGCAGCACUCACAGUGCCUGGCACAAAGGAAGCAUUGGACAUGUGGCCUGGGCGUAUCUGAUGUCCCCGCCUGUGUCCUGGGAGAACUUCGCUCACCGCCACAUUCUACAGCCUGUGGGAGUCCUCAAGCCUCCCCGUGAUUUCUGCUAAUAGUGGGGUGGGGAUGGAGGGAUAGAUCACGUUCCCUUAAUCCCCUCUGCUUCCAGCUCCUGCACCUGCAUUUGCCUCCUCCACUGGGCCCUGAGCCAACCCAGGAGUGAAAUACGUGAGUCCGGCCCCUUCUCUGGGUUCCACAAGGUGUCCACUAAUGCCCCGCAUUUCGUGAGCUUUGUACACUUUUCUGAUGGUUUGGGGUCACAGACAAGGGCCUGGUUGUGGCGUACACAGACUUUAACCAUCGCCUUCAUUGGUUGCCACCACUUUCCCCCACGAGCUCCGUUUCCUCUCCCUGUGUUACGCAGAGCACAGCCACCCCAGCUCCAGGCUCUAAUUGGGCACACCCGACUCUAUCACGGAGCUCAGAAAACAAAGAGCCUUCCCUUUCCCGUGUGUGCCCCCCUUUCAAGGCAUCUGAGAAAAUGAAAAGAAAAAAAUUUCCCUUUUAUUGUCAUCAGCUCCAUCACUGUCGUCAGCACGGGAUAGAAGAGCAGUCAGGGUCAUGAGCAAGAAUCGAUAUAUAAUUGGCCAAGAGUUUUAGAAGCAGGGAUGUUAAUGACAGUGACAGUGAUGGUAAUAAGGAUGGUGACAGCGCCCAUACAUGGCGCUUGCUGCGUGCCAGGCACUGUUCUAAGCCCUAUAUGUAAUUAGUACUAAUACAGGUAAAACCCAUGCAAGGUGGACUCUUUGUUUACUGUGUUUAGCGCUUUAUUUAAGUGGCCUUGUUUAAUUUUAAACAGGUACAUCAUUAGCCCCAUUUUAUAGAUGAUUUAUAGAUGAGGAACCCAGGGCUCCUGGGUUUAUAGAUGAGGAACCCAGGGCUCACAACUGGGGAGGGACUAACUCUGGGAUACAGAGCGUAUAAGGGCUGGGACCAUUUCACACGCACCCCACCACAAUUCUGAGCGGAACCAGGGUAGCUCGGAUUCUGAGUGGAGUUUCUGGGAGAGUGUGGGGAGGGGAGAGAAGCAGGUGGUGAGAAGGGGAGGCACUUGAGACAGAUGGCAGAGCUGGGCAGCAAGGUGGAGUCCAAGCCCGGGUCUGCGUCUCUGGUAUGUCCCAACAUGUGUGUGUCUGCACGUGGAUGUGGGCACGCGCCGGAGAAGUGGGAAGGCAGCGCAGAGCACACAGGUCAAGAACUAACCUCCCACCUCCUGCUUCAGGCGGCUCAGAGAGCUGGCUGCUGUCACGGGGCGGCUAAGCGCUGCAUCUGUCAGCCAGCCGUCAUGACUGCCCACCCCCGGGUCACGAAUCAGCAGCUCCACUUACCUCCUGCCAGCCAGCGCUCUCAGGCCAGCUCUGUCACUGGCCGCUGAGCCUUUGGAAAAUGUAACCCUGUCAGCCCUCAAUCGGAGGCAAGAGGGUUCACGCUUCAGUGCGUGCACAAGGCGGUACGAGUGCACCCACGUACUCACGCCAGCACACAACACAGGCACGUGUCUGUCUACCUUCAGACGUGUUGCUAGCUGGGUGCGCGUUGCAGACACACACAUGCUUGCAGCCAUGCACGUAGAGCACACCCCUGCAGGUCUGCAGAUGUGGUCACGUGCCCGCGCUCUAUGCACGCACUAGAGGCACUCUCACGUAUGCACUGACACUUGUCCACAAAAUUUGUACACAGCCUUCCAUAGCUGUGUUCUCUUACAUGCAUGUACGUGUGUGUCCACUGUUACCCUUCCAGGAGCCAACACAUUCCCUCAUUCAGGCGUGCACAUAUACACAUUCAUGAACAUAUGUGUAUCUCCAGACACUCCCAGGCAGGUACGUGGUACACAUAUGCAUGUCCCCUCCCACGUGCCUGGUCACAUGAGCUCAUAGCUCCACGCGUGCAUUCAUAAUGCAAAUGCACAUUUGCAUGCGUGCACGGGAAAGCAUGCGUACGUAGCCUCGGGAACUGUUGGUUACAAUCUAACUGCAUAGUGCCCAGAGAUGUGUCUGCACGUGUGAGCACAUAGGUCUGUGUGUACAUAAUACACACGAUCACUCACAAGCAUCUAAGCACACAGGCGUCCUCCAGUAAGCGCUUGGAUCUGCACCAAGGACACACACACAUGCAAUGGUACGUACCCCCGCACAUCUGCCUGCCUACAUGUGUGUACCUCCACUUUCACACCACCUGUCCUCAGGUACCUAACCACCUCUGUUCACAUGCGCCUUCAGGCUGGCCCACCACGGCUCACCCACGGCCGUGCCACAUGUGUCUAACUCCACACCCAAUCAUGCACACAGACAGACACGUGCCUCCGAAGCCCGUCUCCCACACGUGUGUGGGGUCAGAGCCCUGGCACGUGGGAGCACACACACCCACUCUGGGAAGCAGCACGUCCCAGCCCCAGAUUGUCAGGUGUGCUGGGGACAGCAGGAAUGGUGCCCACUCACAGAAAUCACCACUCACGCAGAACUGCAUCUGCCGCAAACGUCUCAUCUGCUGUGCAAACGAUGAUUAAAUGUUAUUGUGCGAGAGAAAACGGCAAGGAGGGAUUCAUUAGCUUUAUUGUCAGAAAGGACUCCCUGGGCUACAGCUCCCGUCUCCAAGGCUGGCUUAACCCCCUGAAUGCUGGGGACAUUGCGCUCCGACGUGGGCUUGUGGAAAAUGAAGGCCCCGGAGACAGAGAUCCCAGCGUUGGGCCCACAUGAGCCAGCUGGGUGCAGAGAGCACUGGGAGGGAAUCAUGAGUCCAGGCAGCUGCUGCAAAUGUGCCCCUCAUUUGCUAGGUAGGCUUGGUCUUGUCGUUUCAUUUAUCAAAUAAUUUCUCCCCCCUACCAUGUCCCAGGAAUGCAGAGAUACAGAGGCCAUGGUCCCUCCUGGCUGCAUGAGGCUUCUCAGAUAGAGCAGGGCAUUCCAGGCUGAUGAAACAACUUAAGGAAAGACUUGAAGGCUGGGAGACACGGUAGUAGUGCCAGGCUUGUCCAGGAAUCACUGGGCCUGGAAAGGUCAGUUGGAGGACAGAUUGUAAAGGGCCCAGUAAACCCUUCCAAAGAGCUUGGGCCUUUUCCCAAGAACAAUGGAGAACCAUGAAAGGUGUAUGGAAAGGGUUGACAGAUAAACUACAGGGUGCCCAGAGGUAUUUGAAUUUCAGAUAAAUAACAAAUAGUUGUCCUAGUAUCAGUAUGUCCUAAAUGUUACACAGGCCAUACUUAUAAUAAAACAUGUGUCAUUGUUUAUCUGAAAUUCACAUUUAACU